AAAACUUUGAGUGAUUACUUCGACUGACCUUAGAAAACGUGAGCCAUGCUAGCAACACGGGCGUCGACCGCGAAGCGUCUAGCACGCUCGUUUGCCACUGUGGUCGACACAAAAGCUUCUGGCGUCAAGGUGGCUGCAGUCGACUAUGGUCAGCCAACGACCGCCGUCACCGUCCUCGUCAAGGCGGGAAGUCGAUACCAACCCAGCGCUGGAGUUGCGCACGUCUUGAAAAACUUUGCGUUCAAGAGUACUGCCAAGCGGUCGACGCUCGGAACUGUAAGGGAGAGCGAACUCUACGGUGGUGUGCUCUCUGCUAGUUUGUCACGCGAAUAUUUCGCUCUUACAACCGAGUUCCUCCGUGGCGACGAACCAUUUUUCACCUCACUCCUCGCCUCAAUCCUCGCAACAACCAAGUUUCUUCCACACGAGUACUCUGAAUACGUCCUUCCAGUCGUCCGUGACGAGUCGACACACGCUUCUCAGGUACCCAGCACUCUCGCCAUCGAAGCCGCUCACAGCGUUGCGUUCCGCACCGGCCUCGGUGCGCCUUUGCUGGCAGACGCUCACUCUCACGUAUCCCUUGGCUCGGUGAAAGAAUUUGCUACGUCUGCUUUUGCCUCGGGCAACGUUGCCGUUGUCGGGACUGGUAUCGACUCUGCCCGCCUCGCAGACCUCGUAGACAAGGCGCUUGCGGAGACUCCCCUCCCGAGUGGUUCCUCUAUGCCCUCUUCGUCUUCUUCGAAAUACUUUGGUGGUUACGCACGCAUUAACCUUCCCAUGGGUGGUCAGACGGUAUUCGUCGGUUUCGGCACGACAGCACCUUCGGCCGCACUUUCGGUCUUGGCAACUCACCUCGCACCGCCAUCUGCGCUCAAGUGGCCUUCUGUGCCCCGCUCGUCUACUAAGCUCACACCGGUAUACCUCCCUUACUCUGAUGCUGCAUUAGCCGGCGUCCUUGUUCAGGCACCCGACGUGAAGAGCGUUAAAGAGGCCGCCAAGACUCUUUUCGAGAAGCUGAAGAAGCCUCUCACAGCAGAAGAGCUCAAGAGUGCUGUUGCACGCACCAAGUUUGAUGCUGCCACAGCUGCCGAGACCAGAGAGGGUCUGACCCUAGCCCUCGGAAAGAAGGUCUUCUUCAAUGCAGAUGCAUCGGUCGAGAGCACGCUGGCCGCCUUGGACAAGGUGGAUGCUGCUACACUAUCGAAAACCGUUUCGGAGCUCCUCAAGGUUACUCCUACUUACGUUGCCAUUGGAGAUAUUGCGACCCUCCCUUAUGUUGAUGAGAUCGUGCUUUGAGUAAUUGGGAUGAAUACCUAGUAUGUUGGCACCUGCAGACUAAUGUAGAUUGGGCAUGUGGAACCCAAGACACCACUGUGUUUAGAGCAAACUUGGCAUAUCCCCGUCCCUCCUAUCACAAGAGCCCUGUUGGAUCAGAACUUCCUUGCUCCUUAUACUAGGAUCAACUUGAGAUAGAUCAACCACUCAACGUACCACAACAGUCAAUUUCAUCACGUUCUCUAGAUGACAUCGAGACAGCCCC